UCUGAAUGUUACUAAUAAAAAGUAUUGAAGUAUGAUGUCUAAACCUGUGUAACAGUAAACAUAAAAUUUUUGUGUUUAAAAAAAUCGAUGUGUGUUUAACAAAUUAACGUUUGACCUCAGGGCGCCAAAUAAUAAUUUUGCGCUCUUUUGAGGCUACUUCGUGUCAUUUUGUACAUAUUAAUUCUCAAAGAUUGACUCCGUGUGGGGUUGGGCUUCGCCCCCGCUGCGAUUGCAGCUGGGUAACUCGCGCGGACACAAGAGGAUGGGGGAGGGCGGGGGCUCGCCGGGCGGCGGCGCGCGGCUGUCGCACACAUCGGAGAAGCACCCGCGCGCCAUCCUCGGCGAGCUGUCGGCGCUGCGCCGCCACCGCGAGCUCUGCGAUGUAGUCCUCAAUGUCGCCAACAGAAAGUUAUUUGCACACAGAGUGAUCCUGUCAGCAUGCAGCCCGUACUUCCGCGCUAUGUUCACGGGCGAGCUGGCGGAGUCGCGCGCCACCGAGGUGACCAUCCGCGACGUGGACGAGCAGGCCAUGGAGCAGCUCGUCGAGUUCUGCUAUACCGCACAUAUCGUCGUCGAGGAGAGCAAUGUGCAGGCGCUACUGCCGGCGGCGUGCCUGCUGCAGCUGCAGGAGAUCCAGGACGUGUGCUGCGAGUUCCUCAAGCGGCAGCUCGACUGCUCCAACUGCCUCGGCAUCCGCGCCUUCGCGGACACGCACUCCUGCCGCGAGCUGCUGCGCAUCGCCGACAAGUUCACACAGCAGAACUUUCCAGAGGUGAUGGAGAGCGAGGAGUUCCUGCUGCUGCCGGCGGCGCAGCUGAUCGACAUCGUGUCCUCGGACGAGCUGAACGUGCGCUCGGAGGAGCAGACCUUCCAGGCCGUCAUGUCCUGGGUGAAGUACAACGUGGCGGAGCGCCGCCAGCACCUCGCGCAGGUGCUCCAACACGUGCGUCUCCCGUUGCUGAGUCCCAAGUUCCUGGUGGGCACGGUGUCCUCGGAGCUGCUGAUCCGCUCAGACGACGCCUGCCGGGACCUGCUCGACGAGGCCAAGAAUUACCUGCUGCUGCCGCAGGAGCGCCCGCUCAUGCAAGGACCCCGCACGAGGCCCAGGAAGCCCAGCAGACGAGGGGAGGUGCUGUUCGCGGUGGGGGGGUGGUGCUCGGGCGACGCGAUAGCCUCAGUGGAGCGCUUCGACCCGCAGAGCGCGGAGUGGAAGAUGGUGGCGCCGAUGUCGAAGCGGCGCUGCGGAGUGGGCGUGGCCGUGCUGCACGAGCUGCUGUACGCGGUGGGGGGACACGACGGACAGAGCUACCUCAACAGCAUCGAGCGCUACGACCCGCAGACCAACCAGUGGUGCGGGGCGGUGGCGCCCACGUCCUCGUGUCGCACGUCGGUGGGCGUGGCGGUGCUGGACGGCGCGCUGUACGCGGUGGGCGGACAGGACGGCGUGCAGUGUCUCAACCACGUCGAGCGCUACGACCCCAAGGAGAACCGGUGGACGAAGGUGGCGUCUAUGACGACGCGGCGACUGGGGGUGGCGGUGGCGGUGCUGGGCGGACACCUGUACGCCGUGGGGGGGUCGGACGGUCAGGCGCCGCUCAACUCGGUGGAGCGCUACGAGCCUCGCGCCAACAAGUGGACGCCGGUGGCGCCGAUGUCCACGCGCCGCAAACACCUCGGCUGCGCCGUCUACGACGGACAGAUCUACGCGGUCGGCGGCCGAGAUGACUGCACCGAGCUCUCCUCCGCCGAGAGGUACGAGCCGGCGACGGACACGUGGUCGCCGGUGGUGGCGAUGACGUCGCGGCGCAGCGGCGUCGGUCUCGCCGUCGUCAACGGUCAGCUGUACGCCGUCGGAGGCUUCGACGGCACCGCAUAUCUCAAAUCCAUCGAGGUGUUCGACCCCGAGUCGAACCAGUGGCGGCUGUGCGGCGCCAUGAACUACCGGCGACUGGGCGGCGGCGUCGGCGUCAUGCGCGCGCCGCACCACGACAACCACUACAUAUGGAAUCGCAAAGACUCGGUGGUGUGAGGCGGCCCCCGCCCCCGCCCCCGCCCCCCUCGCUCUAAGUCGUU